AUAAACUGGCAAAUAAAGAAAGGUGUGUGUUUGGGAAUUGGAAGAAGCAGGGGAGAAAUGGGCACGCAGGUAUUGUUCUUCUUCUCUGUGUUCUUCCUCGUCAGCGCGUCCUCCUAUGCCAAGCAAACAAUCAAACAAGAAGUCGUAAUUGCGAGUAGCAGCAGUGGAGGAGGAUCCGACCCCCAGAAUCAGAAGCCGCGUAGAGAGACGAUUGAAGUCAAGGGUGGACCGGAGGAUGUGGUCUGGGUGGUUCAGCUCUCUGAUCUCCAUUUCAGCGUUCAUCAUCCCGAUAGAGCACGAGAUUUUAGGGAUUUGGUUACCCCACUUCUUUCCGUCGUCAAUCCUUCUCUCGUCCUCAUCACUGGAGAUCUCACAGAUGGUAAAAGCAAGGACUUGUUGACUAUGAGGCAAGAUGAGGCAGAAUGGAUGGAAUACCGGAAAGUCAUGGAAGAUGUUAUUAAAAGAAGUGGACUUAACAAGAGCAUCUUUUACGAUGUGAGAGGUAAUCAUGAUAAUUUUGGUGUGCCAAUCAUUGGUGGAUCAUUUGAUUUCUUUUCCAACUAUAGCAUCAAUGCACAGUUGGGAAGAAGUGGGGAAGUCAAUAGUUUCACUAUUCAGACUGUUACAAGGAAACUUCUCUUCGUCGGGUUUGAUAGCACAAUGUUGGUGGGCUUACGAGGCCCGACUAAUCUAUUUGGUCAUCCAACUGACCAACUAUUAGCUAAACUUGAUGCUGAACUGUCACAGUGGAAUUCAGAAUCUGGAAAGCCAGUAACUAAGAUUUCUUUUGGGCAUUUCCCACUUUCAUUUUCUGCAGACUCUUGUUCUGGAAAAUCUCUGAAGGAUAUUUUUCUGAAGCAUUCCAUAUCAGCUUAUCUAUGUGGGCAUCUCCACACAAGGUUUGGUAAGAAUUUAAAGAGGCACCAUUACUCAAGCGAUGAUCUGUCAAUUACCCAAAAGUUUUAUCAGUUGAAUGCACAGGAAACACAUUCAGGAAGUAUAGAAAAUUGUUCAAAUAAAGCUUCACUGAUCAAGGAAUUCUGGGAGUGGGAAAUGGGUGACUGGAGGAAGAGUAGGGCGAUGCGCAUUUUGGCUAUUGAUAGAGGUUACUUGUCAUUUGUUGAUAUUGAUUUCAAAUCAGGAGCUAAAGGAACUAUCAUUUUACCCACAUUUCCAUUGGAUUCACGUACAAUGUUAUCAAUGUCAGCAAGUCACCAGUAUAAAUGUCAGUCUGUAGACCCUUCAUCUUAUGCCACUAUUAGAGCACUGAUUUUUUCUCAUUCCCUAAUUGUCUCCGUUGUAGCUAGAGUCUAUGACUCAAAACCUGGACAUCUUAUUUUAGUCCUAGAGGCAGAAAUGAGAAAGCAUGCUGGUACCUCUUCCAGGGGAGAUCUUUAUUUGACACUGUGGAAUCAUAAAGCUUUUGAGGAUCCAUCCCCUGAUAGAUAUUGGUUGCAAAUAGAAGCUACAGACAUCAAGGGCAGGUCAACUUCAAGUGAGUUGAGACCAUUUUCAAUAAAUGGCAUAAGUGCUAAGCUGUCGUGGACAUGGAAAGAGUUUUUCGUCAUGGGUUGUCAAUGGGCUGCUUUAUAUUACCCUAUACUCUGGUCUUUUUAUUUAUUUAUGCUGUCCGUUCUUAUUAUUCCGAAAGCCAUAUUCACUUAUUUAAAGAAGCAUUACAACUAUAAGAAAUUUAGUGCUAAUAAAGGGUUAAUAAAUGGCAUAGCUUGGGUUCUGACAGAGCUGUAUGGUGUUCCUCUGUUGUGGUGGGGUAUGUUAGUUUACUUAUUCUACCUUUUGUUAUUUCCUUGGCUUUUUGGGCAUGUCUUCACUGAUGGUGGAGAAAUGGGAUACAUGACCUAUAAAGGUUGGGUGGUGAAAGUAAGUAAGAUGGGAAAAGUGGAAUUCAUGGGAUUUCCUGAAAUAAUGGUGAUUGUUCUUCCCCAUCUUUUCUUUGUGGUAUUGCCCACAUUUUUGGUGACUGGGGCGUUGGCUGCAGAGAGGGGAAUGCACCGAGAAUAUUUUCUUUCGCUUUCAGGUAAGAAAGAAGAUGAUCAUGAAGAAGAAAACAAAGGAUCUCGAAGUCAUGAUUUCAGCAGGAAUGGAAAAUCAAAGUUCUGCCUGGAAAAGCGAUUGAUUAGAAACAUUCUUUUGGUGGUUAUAUUGGCAAUUUUUUGGAAUCAUUUAAAGAAUGUCAGAGCCCUUAUGAAAGCUUACUAUAUGAAUCCAUUUUUUCAUUUUCCAGUAUAUAGCUUUUCAAUUCCCCUUUUGUUGGCUUAUGGCAUCUACAAAACAAGGAGCGUAUGACAAAUUUCCGGAAGCAAGCCUUGAAGUGUUGUGCUCUCUAAGUUAUGCAAGUUAUAUGAUCUCUUGAGCCCCUUACCAGAAAAUCAAGCUCAAGCCAUUGGUUGGGCAUCUAUCUCUAUUGAAGCGUCAUGUAUCUCUAUUUCCUUGUAAAUGGUGUCAUCAGUUAACCAUAUGAGAGAGACAAGAGGAAGAUAUCAGAGCCAAUCAGAGACUUGUAUGAAAAAGCCUUGUCUCCCAUAUGGUUGAGUCUUCACUACUAUCUGACGCAGGAUAGGCAGCCGCAGGUUCCAUCUGCAGAUUUUUGUUGUCCCAACAGUGUCUGUAAUUGGGAGACACUCUUUAUAGUUUUAAGCUCAUGAUUUAUACUUAAAGCAGGGUAGAAUGAAGGAGAUAUGGUUAAAUGAUGUCCGUGAUGUUUGACCAUGAUUAGCAGACUUAUAUCCCACUUAAGCGUGGUUGAAACUUUAUGUAUGAUAGCUGAAGCCAUUUAAAUCAUCAUUUUUUAGCUCAUUUGAGGGGCUAAUGCAGUAA